AUGGCCAAUGAUUUUCAAGAAUUUCUUAUCAAACAAAUUAAUGAUUCAUUCGGUAUUAAAAUCAAUAAUACUGGUUUGAAUUUUGAAAAUUUUAUUCAAUUAUUAAAUCAAUGGGAUGGUAAUCUUGAAGAUAUGAUGCAGAAUUUACGUCUGGAAUUCAAACCACAAGUAUUGGUUGUUAAAACACAUUCUGUAUCCACAAUGAUUGAACAAAAUCAUCCAUCAACAGAUACCGAAUCCGAUCAAGGUGAAAAAACAUUACAUUUUGGUGAUUUGGAUAAUGAUGUUGAUAUGAAAAAAAUCGAUAGUUCAAAUGAUGGUUCAUUCAUUCAGCCUGCUUAUGUUACCAAUGAAGAAACAUAUAUCUAUCCCAAUGAAUUAAUUUUUAAAUGAUUUUUAAUUUUUAAU